GUUGGCUAGGUUCCCUACUGUGGUCUCUACAGAGUAUAAAAAGGAAUUAAGGAAUAACUUUGGAUUAUAACAUUUUGAUUUGUUCUAAAGUACACUGACAAAUACUAAUUUAAUAUGAACAUCGCAGCUUAUGUUGUUUUAUUAAUUUUGUCAGCAGUGGCUAAUGGUGACGAUGAAAUUAUCAAUAAAAAAGAAAACUCGCCUAGUUUAGACACACACUUAGAGCCAAGUAUUAAAUACUAUGGAUACAACAAUGAUAAUUAUCAAAAUGUAAAUAAACAUGCAUACCACUUAUUUAACACUCCGUAUUAUCAACAGAAUCAAGAAAAUACAGUUAUGUAUCCUUCAAAUUACCAGCAAGUACCAAUCGGAAAUAUCGAUUAUUCUUUUGAUCAAUAUUAUUUACCAAAUUUGAAUGACCCACAAUCCCUUCAGAGUUUUUAUGACCCAUACUAUAACCAACAAGAACAAAAAUCGCAGCAAGUUAUAUCAAGUCCAGGUACUAGACCGAUUCGUCCACCACCACCGAUUCCAUUUUACCAUGGCUCUAUGUACCCUCAAACCACUACCGAGCCUAAUUGCCUUCCUAAAUUAAUUUUAAACAACGCACUGUAAUCAGUUCAUAUCGCUAUAUCAAACUUCCAUUGCAUAUGAAUGAUUAAAACGAUGGGAAAAUAUUUCAAAUUUCUAUUAAUAACUAUUAAUUAUAUUUAGUUUAAAGUUUAUUACAAAUUUUAUUUAUUGUAAAAUAUUUAUUAUAUUAUAGUAAUAGUUAUUAUUGUUGGUCGAGGAAGUCCUUCAAGUUGGAUAACUAAAAUGUUACCAGUGAUACAAUUUUUUAACAUUGGCAACGAACUUUAUACCUUACUAAACUUUAUAAAUAUAAGUAUAAGUACUAAUUAAAAAAUAUAUAUCAAAAUAUUAAUAUAUGUAUGUAAAAGUGCGCAUUUUAUACUAUUGUAUAAAAGUAUAGCGUUUGAAUAAUAUUGCUACCUAUAUAUUAUACAAACGUUUUCUACUCAAUAUCAUGUUUACAAAAAGUAAACUUUAUGUAUUAUUAAUAAAAUAUAAAACAUACAUUUUACAUAAUAAACUCAAGAAUAUUUAUGUAGUUGAGAAAAUGUGCUAAACACAUAAAAGUUUUUUUUAUACAUCCGAAAUUAUGGUUUUUACAUCUUAGAAUUAAAUUUGAAAAAAUAAUGAGUAAUAGUGUCUUUUCUGUUCAAGUAGUCUGAAUAAAAAUAUUAAUUUGCACUUUUUUUGGAAAAACGUUUUUUUCAUAUAAAUGGUACAGGGAAAAACGGUAGGAGUACAUUUUUGGAUUUUGAUAUUAUAGUUUGAUUUAACAGUCCAUUAGCUAUAUUAUCAAGUAAUGGAAUUUAUUCGACGAAAAAUAUUUUUAUAUUUCUGAUAUUUAAAUGUCUAUUUUUGUUUAUCACUAAAAGGAGAGAAAUUAAUAACUUCAUUUUUGCUCUUCUAAAAAUUUUACAGAAAUGGACUACUACCCUUAUCCCAUUCAUAUACUUUUAUCAUAAACUAAAAAUAAAUAAAUUAU